AUGAUUCUAGGAUGUACAGGAGAAAUUGCUUUUGAAGAGGGAUGCUGUUGGCUCAGUGCACCUAAGAAUCGUAUGGCAGUUGCGUGUAAGCGCUGCCCUGCCAGCUCUCACAUGUGUGAGCCGCCAAAUUUGCGCAACUGCGUUUGGCUGCGUUGCUUGGAUGUACAGCAGCCCAUUGUGGCCCAUGUCAUGCACAUUGCACAGAGAAAGGAAUCCGGAACAGCACAACAGCUAUGCCCUGACCGGCCUCGGGUGUUGAGCAGGCGCAGGUGUCGUUGCCCUUCGCGGCAGAGCUGGCAGUUGAUAUCACGUUCGGGCAUGUUGGACAUUUCCCCAUUCUCCCACACGUCCUACGACUCCAUGUUCCUGCUGCUUGUGCUGCUCGUCAUUACACGCCUUUCCUCGUGCACUGGGAAAUUGCUGCAUAUCCAUGACAGUGUGGAAAGAGGCUGA